GCGAGGCGCGUUCAUUCCGCGCGGGCGUUGCUGGCUGGGGGAGGCGCAGUCACUGGCCUGGGAUUGGGGCCGGGACUCGGGGUGGCGGGCGGCUCCCGGGGCUGGGAUGCGCCGGGGGCUCCGUGGCGGCAGCGUUGGCGGAGGCGUCGGCGGCGGCCGGGGGACGAGCUAGCGCCGCGGCGCGGGGAGCCAGUCGAGCCGGGCCGGCGAGCGGAGGCGGCGGCGCAGGCAGAGCGGCGGCCGGAGCCCGAGCGCCGCGCGCCCACCAUGGCCGCCCAGGGAGAGCCCGGCUAUCAGGCGGCUCAGUCGGACCCGGGCUCCAACAGCGAGCGCAGCACUGACUCGCCCAUGCCAGGUUCCGAGGACGACCUGGUCGCCGGGGCGCCCUUGCAUAGUCCUGAGUGGAGCGAGGAACGCUUCCGCGUGGACAGGAAGAAACUUGAGGCCAUGUUACAAGCUGCUGCUGAAGGAAAAGGCAAAAGUGGGGAAGACUUUUUUCAGAAGAUCAUGGAGGAAACAAAUACGCAGAUUGCUUGGCCAUCAAAACUGAAGAUUGGAGCCAAAUCCAAGAAAGAUCCCCAUAUUAAGGUUUCUGGAAAGAAAGAAGAUGUUAAGGAGGCCAAGGAAAUGAUCAUGUCUGUCUUAGACACAAAAAGCAAUCGAGUCACUUUGAAGAUGGAUGUUUCACAUACAGAACAUUCUCAUGUAAUCGGCAAAGGUGGCAACAAUAUUAAAAAAGUGAUGGAAGAAACAGGAUGUCACAUCCACUUUCCAGAUUCCAACAGGAAUAACCAAGCAGAAAAAAGCAACCAGGUAUCUAUAGCAGGACAACCAGCAGGAGUAGAAUCUGCCCGAGUUAGAAUUCGGGAGCUGCUUCCUUUGGUGCUGAUGUUUGAGUUACCAAUCGCUGGGAUUCUUCAGCCAGUUCCCGAUCCUAACUCCCCCUCGAUUCAGCACAUAUCACAAACAUACAACAUUUCAGUGUCAUUUAAACAGCGUUCCCGAAUGUAUGGUGCUACUGUGAUAGUACGAGGGUCUCAGAAUAACACCAGCGCUGUGAAGGAAGGAACUGCUAUGCUGUUGGAACAUCUCGCUGGGAGCUUGGCAUCAGCUAUUCCUGUGAGCACACAACUAGAUAUUGCAGCUCAACAUCAUCUCUUUAUGAUGGGUCGAAAUGGAAGCAACAUCAAACAUAUCAUGCAAAGAACAGGUGCUCAGAUCCACUUUCCUGACCCCAGUAACCCACAAAAGAAAUCCACCGUCUACCUCCAGGGCACCAUUGAGUCUGUCUGUCUUGCAAGGCAAUAUCUCAUGGGUUGUCUUCCUCUUGUGUUGAUGUUUGAUAUGAAGGAAGAAAUUGAAGUGGACCCACAGUUCACUGCCCAGCUGAUGGAACAGCUUGAUGUCUUCAUCAGCAUUAAACCGAAGCCAAAACAGCCAAGCAAGUCUGUGAUUGUGAAAAGUGUUGAGCGAAAUGCCUUAAAUAUGUAUGAAGCAAGGAAAUGUCUCCUCGGACUUGAAAGCAGUGGGGUUACCAUAGCAACCAGUCCAUCCCCAGCAUCGUGCCCUGCCGGCCUGGCAUGUCCCAGCCUGGACAUCUUAGCUUCAGCAGGCCUUGGACUCACUGGACUAGGUCUUUUGGGGCCUACCACCUUAUCUCUAAACACAUCAACAACCCCAAACUCACUCUUGAAUGCUCUUAAUAGCUCAGUCAGUCCCUUGCAAAGUCCAAGUUCUGGCACCCCGAGUCCCACAUUAUGGGCACCCCCACUUGCUAACACUUCAAGUGCCACAGGUUUUUCUGCUAUACCACAUCUUAUGAUUCCAUCUACUGCCCAAGCCACAUUAACCAAUAUUUUGUUGUCUGGAGUGCCCACCUAUGGGCACACAGCUCCAUCUCCCCCUCCUGGCUUGACUCCUGUUGAUGUCCAUAUCAACAGUAUGCAGACAGAAGGAAAAAAAAUCUCUGCUUCUUUAAAUGGACAUGCACAGUCUCCAAAUAUAAAAUAUGGUGCAAUAUCCACCUCAUCACUUGGAGAAAAAGUACUGAGUGGGAAUCACAGUGAUCCAUCUAGACAAACAACUGGAUCUGAGCAGGCAUCUCCCAAAUCAAACCCUGCAGAAGGUUGUAACGAUGCUUUUGUUGAAGUAGGCAUGCCUCGAAGUCCUUCCCAUUCUGGGAAUGCGGGUGACCUGAAACAGAUGAUGGGUCCCUCCAAAGUUUCCUGUGCCAAAAGGCAGACAGUAGAACUAUUACAGGGCACGAAAAACUCACACUUACACAGUACUGACAGACUGCUCUCAGAUCCUGAACUAAGUGCUGCAGAAAGCCCUUUGACUGACAAAAAGGCUCCUGGAAGUGAGCGUGCUGCUGAGAGGGCUGCAGCUGCCCAGCAGAACUCUGAAAGGACUUGCCUGGCCCCAAGGCCAUCAUAUGUCAACAUGCAGGCAUUUGACUAUGAACAAAAGAAACUAUUAGCAACUAAAGCUAUGUUAAAGAAACCAGUGGUGACGGAGGUCAGAACACCCACAAAUACCUGGAGUGGCCUUGGGUUUUCUAAAUCCAUGCCAGCUGAAACUAUAAAGGAGCUGAGAAGGGCCAACCAUGUGUCCUAUAAGCCCACAAUGACAACCACUUUUGAGGGUUCAUCAGUGUCCCUCUCGAGGUCCAACAGUCGUGAACACUUGGGAAGUGGAGGUGAAUCUGAUAACUGGAGAGACCGAAAUGGAAUAGGACACACAAGUCCUAGUGAAUUUGCCGCUUCUAUUGGCAGCCCCAAACGUAAACAGAACAAAUCAACGGAGCACUAUCUCAGCAGUAGCAAUUAUAUGGACUGCAUUUCUUCACUGACAGGAAGCAAUGGCUGUAACUUGAACAGCUCUUUCAAAGGCUCUGACCUCCCUGAGCUCUUUAGCAAACUGGGCCUGGGCAAAUACACAGAUGUCUUCCAGCAACAAGAGAUCGAUCUGCAGACAUUCCUCACUCUCACAGAUCAGGAUCUGAAGGAGCUGGGAAUUACGACUUUUGGUGCCAGGAGGAAAAUGCUGCUUGCAAUCUCAGAACUGAAUAAAAAUCGAAGAAAGCUUUUUGAACCACCAACUGCACGCACCUCUUUCCUGGAAGGCGGAGCAAGUGGGAGGCUACCCCGUCAGUAUCACUCAGAUGUUGCUAGCGUCAGUGGCCGCUGGUAGCAGUACGUACCUCCAGGUACACACCACCACCUCUGUCGAGUUGGACACAGGAGAUCUGUGAACUGCCUUCACUGCACACCGUCCUCAGUACUCUGGGUGUCUGGUAUCAGGACCAAAGCAUCUUAUUCACACCUGAACUUUGUGCCAAAAAGGAAGAAAAGAGAGGAGAUGAUCUUACGUCAUCAUACAGACUGCCACACUUGGAUGCCUUUUUUUUUAAUGGCAAUCGGACAGAAUUUGCAAUUUGAGGGUAGGGCUUUAUUUCCUAUUUUUAUUUACCUAAAUAACAUAUGCACUGAUUUUUUACUUAAAAUGAAGGAUUAAUUGACAUCUGGAAUACCAGAAAACAUAGAGGUUCUUUUGUUUGCUUGUUUUGUUUAGGCAUUUGGGGAUUUUAAAAAAUAAUCAAAAUGGAAUUUUCUGGUACUGCUUUAAAAUAAUUAUUGAGGUCUUUCAGCACUUUACACUUUCUAAUUUCUUGUCCUGUGGAAAUUAUCCCUCUUUCUCUCAUUUUCAUGUCACCUGAUGUAUUGGUACAAAUCAGAUUUAGUCAUAUUUUUCUGACUGUAAAAUUUUUAUUUGAAAUGGUACUGGAUUAUUAGUUUUAUGCUGAGUAUUCUGUGACUUUGGGAAAUGCAAGUGACUCCACUUGGUUCUGGACCAGUUCUGUUCAUUGAUGUCAGCAUCCUAGAAACAAUUAGCAAUGAACCUAUUUCACAUAACAGGUGCAAAGAAAGACCAAGUGAACUUUGCAAUAUUAACCCUUUGCAGUCAUCAUAUUUAGCUGCUGCCUGUAUUGCUAAAAUGAUUUUAAUGGUUGUCUGAAGGCAAAGGGCUAUUCUGUAGUAUACUGCCACUAAAGGACACUUAUUUAUAUCAAACUUUUAUUUUUAGAUGUUAUAAGCAUACAGUACAUAACUGAUUAAAUUGAUAUCUAGAGAUUUAUGGUAGAGAAUGGACGGCAUUCAAUAACUGGAGCCCUAGAUUGUCACUUUAUUUAAAAAAGACAAAUAAUCAUCUGACAAGACAGCACUGUUGCCAUUAAGAGGAGAAAUAAAUUGCUAUCCUUAUCAUGUACAUAUUAGCUGUCCUCCAUAUGGUCACAGGACUUUCUAAAACCAUAUCUGUCUGCUUGAAGUAGACUUGUGUUUGUUGAGAACAGAAAGGUUUUAUUUAAGUUUCCAGGGUGACAGUUUAUAAAAACAGCUGAGUUCCAAAGGAAAGCAAAAAGUAAAAAAAAAAAAAAAAAAAAAGAAAAAAAAAGGACUGUUUUCUAAGUGGCUAGACUCAUUGUUACUAUCUUAUACUGUGAAAGUCCAAGAAAUCAGGCAACAUUGUUUCUUAGGUCUUUUCAGACAUCUUAUUGUAGAUGAAUGAAAGGUUUUCAAUCCAUGAAGAAAAUCACCAAGUGCCUCUCCUUUCUUCAAAGCAAUAUUAUUUCCAAGUGUAUUAAUUUGUUGGAAAACUUUCCCAUAGGAAAUGUUGUGAAUUACCUGUACUGUAAUGACUUAUUUAUGUUCAGUAUUCAAGACUUUCUCCAUGGACAUAAACCACUGUCGUAUAUUCUCAGCAGAAGGCAUUACAUAAGCGUACAUAAUUGACGACUUUCAUACAAAUGUGGGAUCAGACAGAUUCACCAGACAUUUUUCCAUGACUAAGUCUUACCAUAAAAGUAAGAAAAAGAGUUGAAGAGAAGUUUUGCACACAGAAAAAUUUUCACCUUAAAAAAUAAUAUUGGUAACCUAGAAGGUAUAGAUAAUGGGCCUGUCAUAAAAUUAUGUCAGUUGCAACAUUACCAAGGGGAUGCCCAUUUCUAAACUAAAUCUUAUGUGCUUAAGUAUAAGAACUAAGUUGCUCCUUUUGCAAGUACAACAGAAUCACCCUGUGCAACAUGUCGCUCCCUGCCUUACAUGGCUAUAUGAACACAUCAUGCCACACAUUCAGCACGGGGUAGGAAUUCAGAUUUGUUUCCUAUUGAACAACUCAGUGCCUUAAAUUUUACUUAAUAAGAGCUUCCAAAAAAAACCCUAAUGAUUUAGAGCUCUUUCCCAAGCUCUCUAUCAUGCAGUUGCAAUAGAGGAAGAUAGAAUGAAUUUGCAGUAUUAAGUCAAUACAGGUUUUAUGAACAGUGCUUUGAUGCUAUGCCAAAGAGAAAACUGUCCCAAUUAAACUAGAUUAAAUAGGGUGGCUAAAAAUAAACAAAAACACUGGAAAUUACUUUUCUCACUUUCUCUUGAUGCAAUGAAGGGAAUAUGACACUACAGUCUAUGGUGUUGUCAGUGUUAUAUGAUGCACAAAAUAUUUGGAUUAUUUGAAUAAAUGUUAGUUUUUAAUCAAUCUGUGCCUUAAUAGUGACCGGUUAUCUGUAAAUAGAGAACAGAUACAGAUUGUAUUUUUGUGUGGGUUUUUGUCCUUUUAGUGAUUUUUUUAAUGAGUGAUGGAAUUAAGCAUUGAAAAUGGGAAUUUUUUCUAAAGUAAUCAAUUGUUAUAUGAAAAAUAAAUUUAUAUAACCCCUUUGUAUUGCC